AUGCUGACCAGGCUUCGUCGCCCAUCAACAGUGAUUCCCAACUUGAACGUAAAUAAGACUCCCCUUCACCCCGCGGGUGUCCAACCCCACUUCGAGAAGGACCACGGCGAGCACGAGGUCACGGAAAUUGAGGAGACCCUCUACGAGAAGGCACACAUCGACUACUCCCGAGUUGCGAUUAUUGAGAACCCCUCCGUUGCUGCCCUCUACGAAGAUGCCCUCGUCUACGAGACUGGUACCGCCAUCACAUCCUCUGGCGCCCUCACUGCCUACUCCGGCGCGAAGACCGGCAGGUCACCCCUAGACAAGCGAAUUGUCAAGGAGCCUGAGACCGAGAACGAGAUCUGGUGGGGACCCGUAAACAAGCCCAUGACCCCUGAUGUCUGGAAAAUCAACCGCGAGCGUGCCGUUGACUACCUCAACACCCGAAACCGAAUCUACGUCAUUGACGGUUUUGCGGGAUGGGACGAGAAGUACAGGAUCCGAGUGCGCGUUGUCUGCGCUCGCGCCUACCACGCCCUCUUCAUGAGGAACAUGCUCAUCAGGCCCACGCGCGAGGAGCUUCAGCACUUCACCCCCGACUACAUCAUCUACAAUGCUGGCAAGUUCCCCGCCAACCGAUUCACCGAGGGCAUGACCUCCGGCACCUCCGUGGCCAUCAACUUCGCCGAGAAGGAAAUGGUCAUCCUCGGUACCGAGUACGCUGGUGAGAUGAAGAAGGGUGUCUUCACCGUUCUCUUCUACGAAAUGCCCAUCAAGCACAACGUCCUCACCCUCCACUCCUCCGCCAACGAGGGCAAGGACGGAGAGGUCACUCUCUUCUUCGGUCUCUCCGGCACCGGCAAGACCACCCUUUCCGCCGACCCCAGCCGUUACCUCAUCGGUGAUGAUGAGCACUGCUGGAGCGACACUGGCGUCUUCAACAUUGAGGGCGGCUGCUACGCCAAGUGCAUUGGCCUCUCGGGCGAGAAGGAGCCCGAUAUUUUCAACGCUAUCCGCUUCGGUUCCGUUCUUGAGAACGUCGUUUUCGACCCCGAGACCAGGGUAGUAGACUACGAUGAUGCCACCCUCACCGAGAAUACGAGGUGUGCCUACCCCAUCGAGUUCAUCCCCAACGCCAAGAUUCCCUGCGUCACCGAGAAGCACCCCACCAACAUCGUCCUCCUCACCUGCGACGCCCGCGGUGUCCUUCCCGCCAUCUCCAAGCUCGACCGUGGCCAGACCAUGUUCCACUUCAUCUCCGGCUACACCUCCAAGAUGGCCGGUACCGAGGACGGUGUCACCGAGCCCGAGGCCACCUUCUCCGCCUGCUUCGGCCAGCCCUUCCUCGCCCUCCACCCCAUGCGCUACGCCCGCAUGCUCGCCGACAAGAUCGAGCAGCACAACGCCAACGCCUGGCUCCUCAACACCGGCUGGGUCGGUGCCGGCUACACCCAGGGCGGCAAGCGCUGCCCCCUCAAGUACACCCGCGCCAUCCUCGACGCCAUCCACUCCGGCGAGCUCGCCAAGGUCGAGUUCGAGACCUACGACGUCUUCAACCUCCAGGUCCCCAAGUCCUGCCCCGGCGUUCCCUCCGAGCUCCUCAACCCCAAGACCGCUUGGGAGGCCGGCGCGGACAAGUUCACCGACGAGGUUACCAAGCUCGGCAAGCUCUUCAAGGAGAACUUCAAGAAGUACGAGAGCGAGGCGACCGAGGAGGCCAUCAACGCUGGCCCCGUCGUUUAA